AUGACUGAAGUGGCAUUCGCAAAAUCUUUCCUUGCGGCUCUUGACGCAAAACCCACAAAGCUCUCUGCCGACCAUGUCGAAGAUCCGAAGAACUACCCUCCCCGCAGCGCCUAUAUCCUCCCCAAAAACCCGCGUCCCCUUCCUAAGCGGCAAAAGCUCGCGCCGGGCGCCGAACGCUCACUGAUCGUCUCCCUGCGCUCACUCCGCAACCCCCCACUCGACAUAACGCUCAAGUCGCAACCGCCCAACACCUCGAUCCUCAACCUGAAGGAAUCCAUCCACGCGCAGACGUCCAUCCCGAUCGACAAGCUGCGGGUCCUGCAUAAGAAGAAACCGGUCCCGGAUUCCAAAGUCCUGAAGGAUCUGGCCGGCGAGGAGGAGAAGUUGGAGCUCUCGGUUAUGGUCAUUGGGGGUGCGGCUGUGAUGAGGGAGGGUGAUGAGGAGGUCAUUCCGCCGGUGGCACAAGGGGAGAGUGGGGCGGCUUUGUUGAAGGGAGAGGAGUUUUGGAGUGAUCUGAAGGGUUUCCUUACGCAGAGGUUGCGGAAUGAAGAGCAGGGCGAGAAGGUUUACGGAGUUUUCAGGAAGGCUUGGGAGGCUCAAAAGUAA